GCAAGCACCAGUUCGUUUUUCCUCAAAGAUUUGAAAGGUGGCUCUCUUAUGCCAACAGACCCGACCUCCUGGAGAAGCCUAGGAAAGAGAUUGAAGGCAGAUGCAACACCCUCCGUUGUUGUCGCGAACAUCAGAGUCCGGGCCCUUGUCACCCCUGGCUACUUCAGGGACCCACGCAGUGACGUGCCCGAGCCUGUUGCUGGCCCAAGCAAGGGCUCUCCUUCCUCACUUCAUGCCCUGGAGGAAGAAGGGACUGCACCAGAAAUGGAAGCUGGCAUGGAGUGCUCACUGCUUGACACAACAGAUGAUGAUCCUCAUAUGAUGGACAUGGACUUAAGUGUCCCACAAGAACCGAAAAAGCCAGAAACACAAGGUCCUAAACUUAUGGAGACUAGCUCUGAUGUGCCCCAAGAACCAGGAGCUCCAGAAACACAAGAUCCCCCCAAGGUAGAUGUCAGUGCGGACAACGAGGUGCCUGGCCCUUCCCACGGGGGCCAUAUGACUCCCGUGGUAACUCCAAAGAAGGCUGGGCGGAGGGGGCGGGUCUUUACCCCCGAACACAGCGACGCCUGACAAAGAUUCGGAGUGCAAGCAGCAGGUAUCGGAAGGCCCUCAAUAGGCUAAGAGGAAUGAAAGGUUCCAAAAAGGUGUCGAGACAGGAAGCCCUAAGGAACAUUAAGGACUAUGUCCCAAAAGAGCUUUUUAAAUUGCUAUCAGCCCAGGU